AUGUCGGAAUCCGAGGAGGUUGAGACCAAAACCGCCUCGGACUCCCAGGACGAGUUUGUAGUUAACGAAAGCAGGCCGAAGAGAAAAGUGAAUAAGAGUGCCAAAAACGGUAAAAACUCAGGGAAAGUUAACUCCACCAAGGCCAAAAAGGGUGAAAGUAAGCCGAAAAAGGCCGAAAAACCUAAGAAGGAAAAAAGCGUGAAAAAAACUGUGAAAAGGCAGACUAAGGGGGAAUCGAGGUCCAAUAAGGGACCGGCGGCGAGGCAGGCCAAGACGCCUAGAGCUGCGAAGCCCAGGCAGCCCAAGCAGCCCAAAGUCAAGGAGCCCAAGCCGGAGCCAGUCUCGAACUUCAGCAAGCAGGGCCAGAGGUACAUGACUCCACCGCCAGGAGACGGCACCCGCGGCUUCUACGAAAGUUUAUACGAGGAAAACCCAAACAGUCUAAUCGCAAUUAAAUUUUGUGUCGAGUACGGUAUUUUCGGGGGGAGCAAGCACAGCGAGGCGCUGGCCAAGUACACCAUUCUUCAGAAGAACGGCCACUUUAAGGGCGCAGUUGGCGCAAUAAAGCCGAGUGCAAUCACGUUCCUGCAGAAGAGCCAGGUCAAGUCCGAGAAAAGUUAG